AUGAGGGGUUACGAGAGUAUCCUCUCUUGUUUGCAGCGGAAAUUAAAAGGAGAUAUUUCAGCUGUGCUAGAGUACUUCGAGAAGCCAUGCGAGGAUAUGUGGAAUGAAGAAUGCGAUCUUGUAGAGGUUAUCGAGAGCGAAAAAAGUGAGUGGGAACUGCGGCUGAAUGGACCAUUAUCACUGAUGGGGUCCAAAUACAUAUCAGCGCAGUAUGGCCAGCGUGCGCGAGAAAUCCAAAAGUACGCCUACAACAUGUCGUGGGAACAAGAGCAGAGAGAGUUUAUGGGAUACAAUCCGAACAAUACGCCGAGCUGGGAAUUCUACCUGAUGAUGCAGAUUGGGUUGUUUAACAAUGGGUCGUUUAGACAAAAGUUUCAUUGGGAGGCGAGAGAAAUCCCCGAGGUGAACAUGCUUCCACACUGGUUGCGGUUGCAGAAUGUGUAUAUGGAGUUGCCUGGUGAACAUAUUCCGUUGUACAUGUACAGUGCAGUGUUAUUCGGACAGGUGCGGGGGUAG